UAAAUUAAUUGGUUUAUGUGAAAGUUCUAGUGUUUACAAAUAGCGGUAUAGGUACUGGAAUUUUCUUUUUUUUUAUUAGUAAUGGCGGAAAUCAGCAACUUAUAGCAGGACUGCGGCGGGCAUUCUGACACUGGGGGGAACUGACUUGGUGUCACUGACAUCCCCAGUGACACCCAUACAGUGAUCAGUGCUAAUAAAAAGCACUGACACUGUACUAAUGGCACUGGGCAGGAAGGGGUUAACAUCUGGGGUGAGGAAAGGGUUAACUGUGUACUGUGUGUGUUUUACUAACUGUAAGCACACUGCUUUGUAUGGCUUUGCUAUGCAGAGCCAUGCAAAGCAGUGUGCAGGAGCUGAC